AUGGCAGCUAUCAAGCCACCUGCUGUGCAGAAGCGUGUGCGUGAACUAAUGAAGCUCCAUGAGAACAAUACAUGCGGCGUUACGGCGAGUUCGAAUCUCUGGUUCAAGCUGCCACUCUGCCCCCCUAAACUGUUGGCGGAAAAGGUGAAGGAACAAGAGAAGAAGCUCAAAGGAAACCGGGACCAUCCGAAGAAAGGGGACAAACCUGUCGCUGUGGUCAACGUGGACAAUGUGCCCGUGUCAAACUUCACCCACAAUGAUGGGAAGUGUCUGAGCGCCGACCACAAUGAGUUCAAGUGUCCCAAAGCGGCAAUUGGUGAGGGUCGUCUGCUGAUGGACCGAGCCAAGUCCAUAUGGGCCGAAACCAAGAAGAAAGGAAAGCCUGAAAAGGCUGUCACGAUUGCUAGGGAAGUGAAGACCGUUGACCCGAAUGAAAAGAUGGCCGUCCUGUGUGCUGCGAACGUUGUGAGUACCGCCAACCACGUGGUAGCGCUGGACGCCUCGUUUGACAGUGGAGCGGACCAAAGUGUGAUUCCGCAAAGGCACUCAUGA